AUGCGGGACGCGUCACACUCCGAUAAGAACUCGGGCCGCGGGCGCCACGAGAGUCUCUCCCAUGCCAAGAAGGCGGCAAGGCUGCGGGGCUCUUCUCUGUCGUCCUCUCGUUCUGAGGAAGAAGAAAGGGAAGAGGCAAAGCCUGGUGCUCUGGAUCGACGAAAUGACAGGGCGGAGCGCUCAUCGGCAGCAGACUCGCCGGCGGACGAGAUGAGAGAUGGACUGCCAGCUUCGUCUGCUCGAGUCGCAACAAUGAGACUUCCCUCUUCUAGAGAUGCCAGGGACCGGCUCUUCAGCGCCUUCCUCGAGGAAGAUGACGACGAUGAAGAUGCUGAGGUCAUUAUUGAACGCAAUGGCCGUAUUAGAGUGCACCCUCAUGGCCACUACGACGGGGAUGAUUUCGCACGACAUCGCAACCGCUACCCUCUGACGUCUUACCUGAUCUCUGACGAGGAGCGGCUUCGAGACGAACGGGCGGAGUUAGCUGAGCUGGAGCUUCUGAGGGAGAUACGGCGCGAGCGGCGGGAUAGAGAUAUCCACAGGCACCGAACAGAGACGGAGAAUGCGAUCCAGGACGCCAUCCAACGCAUUUUGUUCGAAGAGGAGGCGCAUCACCCUCUUCACAUGUAUCGCAGUAACAGACCUUUUGCAGGCCUGCAACUGACGCAAGAUGCAGACGACGGUACCUACUCAAGCUCGUCAGGAGCCUCCGUAAUGUCGUCGCCAGUCGGGCUGAUGGUUGGCUUCACGUUGGGGUUCGUUGGAAUUCUGCUGAUAUCAUCUCUCUGCUGCGUCAUCCGUGCUGUCUACGUCAAAAAGAAGAAGGAAGCCAUGAAAAAGCUUCUUCGAGAAAAACUCGGGCCGGAGGCAGGCUUCGACAACGAGGCUUCGCCCGCCGGAGCCGAGCCCAUCGAUGUUCUGGCGGCGGAACCCGUCCCGGGCGCUGAGGAUGGCUGGGUAGACUUUCGCGUCGAGCAGCAGACUGCGCCGGCCGAGGCCGCAAUGAUGGACGUCGCUCGGUUGGACACGCUGCAGCGGUCGGGCUCAGAGGUAGUGGACGGAGCCCCGGAGCGGUCGGGCUCAGAGGUAGUGGACGGAGCCCCGGAGCGGUCGCCGUCGCUCCCAGAUGAGCAGCGCGCAUCCAAGAAGACCCCAAAGAAGAAGAAGAACUCGGAAGAAGAAGCCGCCGUGGUGCCGACGGUGAACGAGAAGAAGGAGGACAAGCCUAAGAAGAAGAAAAAGAAAGACGAGUUCAAGAAGGCGUUGUCAGCUAAGCAUCACGGUUGA